CACAACAUUUUCAGUCAGAACGCUAAAGUUAACAACGGUAGACGGCUAUCGGUUUAGUACACACAAAUAAACUUCAUCGUCGUCACAACAGACAGCAACAUUUUGUAAACAAUUUCUUCAGUUCAGUAUUUUAUGAUACGCAAACAAGUGAGGCCGCUAACGUCGUCGUCGUAGUCGUCAUUUUUAACGCUUUUAUUUCAUACAAUUUAUUUAAUUACGACGGUAUACUAAAACUCUAACGCUUGAUGUUAUAAAGAAAUAUAUUCCACAUAUAAAAUAAAGCAUAAUUAAGCAAAUUAUUGCCCUCAACAAAAUAUAAAACAAAAAUCACUUGAGGCCUAACAAUCGAAUUGUCGCAAUCAUUAUAAACAUAUUACAGCUAAUAUUUAAAACCCUUGUAAAACUAACUCAAUUGAAAUAUAAUUCAAAUUAAAAAAACUCUUACUAAGAGCAAAACUAAAUGGGAUUAAGCAAAAACAACAACAAAGUGGAUUAACAUAAUUUAAAUUUUUUUAAGAGAGUAAGUGAGUACAUUAACUAAAGUGUGAGUGCAAUAAUCAACAAUCAUCAAUCAACAAUAUUGAUCUGUCAUUAAGUAAUUGUCAACAAUAUAACGGCAGUAAUAAAAGAAACAUAAAAGUAGAAUAAAAAUAAGACAAACACGCUUGCAAAAACAAAAAUAUACGCAAGAUUCUUUUUUUUUAAUAAUUAAAUAAACAAGAAAAUGUUCAACAUAAACUAUACAAAAUAAUUAAAGAAAAUUAUUGCAAAAUAAUUUAAAAUAUCAUAUAAAAUUUAAACCAGUGUUAUUUUAAAUAAUAUACAGAAAAAAACGAACGAUUUUAUAAAAAUCGUAUCUAACCUCAAAUUAUAAAAAAAAUUGAAUUUUGUGAAGUUCGUCUUAAAAUACCAAAUCUAGCAAAAUGGUAUCAUAUUACAAUACCCUGUCCUAUCCCCAAAAACACAGUGCUGCUAAUUUGGCCUAUUCAGCCGGCCAGCCUUGGCAAUGGACCGCCAACUAUCAUACACCGCCAAAUCAUCAAUAUCUAGGCGAUAUGGAUUCUCCUCAUGCCGCCCAUCAUCAAAUGUAUUACAAUCCGCAUGCCAUGUUCCACUCAGCCACCAAUGCUGCGGCCGCCUCCGAAUGGCAUUCGCCCUCAUCGGCCGAGAAUUUCGCCCAGAAUGCUCAGAUGCUGCAACAUCAACAUCAAUUGAUUAAUGGUUCAGCCGUGGCUAACGGUGCUAAUGGUUCAACACCUUCCUCGUCAUCGGGCAGUUCCACCUCAACCACAUCGGCUGGACCUGCUUCGGGCAGCACACAACUAAAUGAAACAGUUAGCAGUAUUGGAGAUCAGCAACCACAUCCGCAGUCACAACAACCACCCCAUAUUACCGAAGGUUUACCCUCGCCUCCCAUAACCGUUAGUGGCAGUGAGAUAUCGAGUCCUGGUGCUCCUACAUCAGCGUCAUCGCCACAUCAUAUUGCUCAUCAUUUGAGUAACAACAACACUAGCCCUUCUGCUAAUAAUAAUAACAACAAUAACAAUACCACAAUUAACAACAAUCAUCGUUCGUCGCCGAUUAAAUCGCAUCAGUACUAUGAGUGGAUGAAAAAGCCAUCGUAUCCGGCCCAACCAGCACCUGGUAAAACCCGUACCAAGGACAAAUAUCGUGUAGUCUAUACUGAUUUCCAACGCCUAGAGCUGGAGAAGGAAUAUUGCACGUCUCGCUACAUUACCAUACGCCGCAAAACCGAACUAGCCCAGUCGUUGUCAUUGUCCGAGCGUCAAGUGAAAAUCUGGUUCCAAAAUCGACGAGCCAAAGAGCGCAAACAAAAUAAGAAAGUUAACGAGCCCACCCUUGGAGGUGUACAACAUCCCGACUAUGCCAAUCUAAUGGAUACAAAACCCAAAUUGGAACCCGGUCUACACUUGCAACAUUCUCUGCACUCGAUAAACUCCAUGGCCAUGAGUAUGCCCGCCAUGAGACUACAUCCCCAUCUGCAUGGUCAUCCACUGGCGGUGAGUGCACACUCGCAUCAAUUGCAUCAGUCGCCACAUGCACAGAUAUCUGCCGCUGCUGUCGGUUCAUUAGCGAUGUGACAACCUUAUGGCAGUGUUAAUGGUAGAGAAAUAACAACAACAAUGCAUAACAGUGGUUGUGGUAUAGCUGCAGACAGUGUUUUACAUGAUAUACAACUAAAUAGGGGGCCCGAAGCGGAGCAGGAUCAUGAAGCCGCCGAUGUUGAGGCUGCUUUGGCUGUAGUUGCUGCCGCUCACAAUCAUCAUAAUGUAUCAUGUCUUAGCAACAACACUUGUCCCACCAGUGAACUCUUAAAUACGCCCCUACACUGUAUUUAGGCCCAACCAAUCAACAAACUAAACCGUAUUGUUACAAAUGUGCUGCUCUUAAACAGGGUUUAAUUUUAGUUCAGAAUUUUGAGGGCCUUUUUUCUAAAAAACCUUAACCAGAUGUGUAAUUUCUGUAAAUAGUUGUUUUUCUUUUUUUUCUUUUGUAAAUUUUAGCUUGUGAUUAUCACUGGAAUAUUGCACGUGUUGUCUUUUGUGAUUGUAUAUUCCAACUGUAAUCAAAACAUGCUAAAUCCCUUUCUUCUCCAACCCCUCCCCCUUUAUAACCAUAACACAUCGUACUUCUUUCUUUCUAAUUAACAAAAAAAAAAUCCCUCAAAUUCUAUAACUAAGAAUUAUUUUUAUGUUUUUUUUUUAUUUUAUUGUUUUUUGUUUUGAGUUUUUCGUUUAUUUUUAUGUUUAAUUUAAUUAAUUAAUAGUGUUAAUAAUAAAAUAUCUAUAUUUAAAAUAAGUUAGUUCAUAAAUACACAAAAAAUAUACCAACAAACAAUUUCUAGAAAAUAUUUUAAAGAGUUACGCAUAAAAUAUACCAACAAACUAAUUCUAGAAAAUAUUUUAAAGAGUUAAAAAAACAUUGCCUUAAAUAAGCUUAAAUAAUAAUAAAAAUAAUAUUUGUAGCCGUCCUUAUAAAAAAUACACAAAUAAUUUAAGUUAUCAUAUCAAAAAAAUCAAAAUUCUUUUAUCCCAAAAACCUGUGCAAUUUUUGAAAAAUUCUUUCCUUUACCUUUAAAUAUUGCGUUUGCUUUUGCUUUCCCUUCAUCGUUUUGUGUGGUGUAAAUACUAGUUUUGUUUUCACUCUCUGGCAAAAUUUCUAUAAAUUUAACGUUUAUUACUUAUUAAAUAAUAAGAAAACCUUAAUAGUUUAGUAAAAUUAAUUAUUUUAUAUAAUUUUCCUACGUACAAAAUACCACAAAAAAACCAACUACUUAUUAAAAUAAUUAAUUAUUAUUUUAAAU